AUGAAUCAGGUACGGGGUGACAUCGUCUUUCCGGUGAAUCAGGCCUCUGUGUGGCGGUGUCUUUGGGAUGAAUCAGGUACGGGAAUGAGAUCGCUUCCGGUGAAUCAGGCCUCUGUAUGGCGGCGUCUCGGGAUGGAUCAGGGACGGGGUGACAUCAUCCUAGCGGUGAGUCAGGACUCUGUAUGGCGACUUCAAGCCCAAGCUGUCAUUCGAUCA